AUACAAAUGCCUCGUCGUGCCAUGCCAGCUCGCUCCUUUUCUCUCGAGUCAUAACAGCAGUACCUAGCCGAAGCCAGCCCUCUUCAGUCCCUUCCUCCACAAACUCUUCACUUGCUUCCGUCGGCGCCCGCCGUCUUGCCUUGGUACUCCUCGUCUACUUUGCCACACUCGGCUUGAGGAGGCAAGCAAAACGAUUCUACAAACCCCACACCAAGGCAGGGAACUAGUGCCAAAUUCAGGCACCCGGCAGCAUCAUCGUUGUCACCCAUCACAGAUACUCGGUUUCAAUGGGCGUAACACGAACAACGCACGUCACGGGAGACGGCCCACAGCCCGUCAAGGGCCAGACAGUCACGAUCGAGUACACUGGUUGGCUAAAGGACACAAGUCAACCAAGCAAUAGGGGAAAAAUGUUUGACACGUCUGUUGGUGGCGCCGACUUUGUGACGGAGAUUGGGAUCGGGAGGCUCAUCACGGGAUGGGACGAGGCAGUCUUGGACAUGAGGGUCGGCGAGCGCGCAACCCUUGACAUUACCAGUGAUUAUGGUUAUGGGGAGAAGGGCUUCCACGGCCAUAUUCCACCGAAUGCUGAUCUGAUUUUUGACGUACAUCUGAAAGCGGUUCAAUGAUCUGUUCCGGCCCUGUUUCGGAUUUCUGGUGGGGAAAAAAUGCUGCACACAUGGCUAGGCGUUUAUUGGGAAAACGUAUUUCGUUGAUAUCCUCUGUUCUUCUUCUUUUUAGCAAGAGCUUGAUACACGCGCAAGCUUAUUCCCACUCGAUCUAGCCUUCGAUAGCGCAAUAGAACAAAACAAGAAUAGGGGAAAGAGGUAUACCUACCUAGGAAUCGAACUUCAACCUUUUCACUAGCAACGAGACAAGUGUUCGGACAUCGCAACCUGGGGUCUGCCUUAAUCCAUAUAGGACCGUCACAGCGAUGGGGCGCCGAAGGUUUCUAGUUAUUUUAAUUGCAACACAGGCGGAAAUAUGGGAUUACAAUAAAUAAAAAAAGAAACACAUUAGAUACAUACAUGCCGCCAUCUUGCAAAUAUUGUUGCUUGGACUGGAGCUCCCUUAAGGUGCAGCGUCCUGCUCAAGUUCAUA